GCUCAUGAUCUAUGGCCAUACCUUACCUCAUCCCUAUACUGCAGUCGCAAUGUAUAUACUCACUCAUCACUCGGGCCUAAGCCCAAGAAAUCUACUUCCAGUUUCUGUAUCUUGCCAUUGAUUUCUCUCUCAAUAUCUUCUUCUUCUUUUCGUGUAGAAAUCCAAGAAGAAAGAGGAGUGGUGGCUAUUUGGAAAAGAAAGAUCAAAUGUUUUAGUUAGGCCACCAAGAGCCCAUCAAUCAGAAGAGAGAACAAGUUUUUGGUAAUGUUAAUGCAGUCAGAAAUCACUAAUAGGAGUGGUAGUAGUAUGGAUUUUGAGAAAUCUUGCUUUUUCCUUAUUGGCAAUUAUUCCUUUUCUUCUACUUCAUCUUCUUGUUCUACUUCUGGGUUUUGUGAUUAUUGUUUUCAUGUGAAAUCGCUCUCUUCUUCUUCUUCUUUCUACUCCUUAUCCUUUGGAAGUGAAUUUCCGGAGCCCAGUUCCAUGGAAUCUAGCAUCAAGCUCUCUAUUUCCAAAUUCAAUACUGCUCUUUUGGCUUUUCUUUAAUCUCUCUCUUCCCACUUGUAUAUUGUAUUUUAUCGCCAGACCUAUCUGACAUUGUUUUCUUGAAGUAAUUCUCUUCUUUCUUUCUCUUUCUCAACAAAAAAUGUUGAGUGCGUCACUUGCCUCCUUGUUUUGUAAUCCGUUAAUGACUUGUAUUGCUGCUUCUUCAACAACUAACCCGGAAAUUCCAUUUGAUCUUCGACCCAUCAGGUAUGUGUUGAAUUUAAUAAUCCAUACAUAGAGGUGGAAGAAGGAUUUUUGUGGUAAUCAAAAACCCAAAUAUCCCUUUAUUCUUUACACGAUGAUGAUCAUCAUCAGGUAUGAUCAUGAUCAACGUUGGAUGUGGACGAGGAGGAGAAAGACCCUUUUCCCAUGGACAAGGAAUGGGACUGCAAUUGUUUCAGUUUCAGCUUCAGCUUCCUCUCUUUCUACCAAUCAGAUGACAAGGGACUCUUCCCGCCUCAAUGUUUAUCAGGAGGUUGUCAAGUCUGCAAGGGAAAGGUUCACCCGGGAAAUCUCCUUCCAAUCAAAGGACAAAGACAUCUCUCUUGCAAAGGCCUUGCUGUACGUUGCAGCUGAAGAUGAGGCAUUUCUUGCCUUUAAUAAAGAGAUGGAUGCUCGCUCACUCCUAAAUGAAAGGAGAACUGCUUCAGUCCCAAUGGAUGAGCAAGAGUGGGAUUGUCUGGAGCAAAUGCCAUUGGCUGGAAAGAAAAUAACUGAGUGGCUCAGUGAGUUGGAUGCCAUUGCAAGAGAAGUUGAAGCAGAGCUAGUUUCAAGAGACAUAGGCUGCCAUUUAGUUGAAGUUUUGGAUGCUAUAAAUGUAGUUCUGUUUGAGUUAAGAGGCUUCAAAAGGUCACCUGUUGUUGUAGACUCUAAGUAUUCAUACUUGCACACGGUACUCAGCACUGGAUGUGGCAGUGCAAUUUUGCUUAGCAUUAUUUACAUUGAAGUUUGUAGACGACUCAGUCUGACCAUUGUGGGAUCUCAAGUUGGGGAGGAUUUUUUGAUAUGGCCCCAAACAGGGAAUCUGGAGGAGCUCUUCAAGGUGACUUCAGGGCACAGCUUGUUUGCAAUUGUUAAUGGAAGGUGUGUGGAGGAUCCUAGAUCAAAGGCAUCAGAUUUGACUAGCAACUCACUUUUAGGGCUUGAGAUAGCUACAAAGCGAGAUAUUAUUGGGAUUUCUUUGGCCAAUUUGAUUAGGCUUCACUGGAAACGUGCUUCAAGAUCAAAUCAUGGAUUGAUGCUGACUUCUCCACUUAGGCAUGUUCAUAAUACUGACGACAAACAUAAGAUGAUCCAUAAUUCAAGUGUUCCUUUGCUUCGGCCGAGAGAUCUUAGGCUCGCCAUCAUGGCUUCCGAAAGAUUGCUGAUAUUGCAUCCACAUAAUUGGGCCUUGAGAAGAGAUCAUGGAAUGAUGCUGUACUAUAAUAGGGAAUAUGGAGAGGCAGUGCAAGAGCUUAGCAUAUGUAUGGCCUUAGCUCCAGAAGAAGAGGCAGAAAUUCUAGAACCAUUUGUUGAGAAAUUGCACUUGUUGCGGCUCGAAUCGUCCUGGAGGUCUAUGGAACAUGCAAGUCACCUUAAAGUUCCUUGACCACCUUUAUCUGUAAAUAUCUCAGUAUAGCUUUGUUCUCUGAGCUUUGCGCAAGUACUUGAAUGCUCUCCAAUAAUAUUCAAAUUGCAUGGUUUUGGGCAUACCAUGCAAGGUUCGUGGCAAGCAAGAACUGCCAAGAACUGCCAGGUUACAUUUGGCAUGACAUAAUCAAAACCUUAAAUGUAAUUGCCUUUACAUUACUUACUUUGAUUGGGUAAAGAAAAUCUAUUGUGAUUGAAUGCAAA